UCGGAUUCAAUUAUUUGUCACAAAGGAAUCCUAGAUAUAGAUGAUCCAUUUAUAGACAAUGUUAAUUCUCCAGCAAGAUUGUCUCAAGAUUCACUACCGGUUGAAUUUAAUACUUUAAUUGAUGGAGAUAUUUUUGCCUCGCAUUCGCCAAUAAUUAAACCUAUUGUAAGACGAAGAAAUUCUAAAUACGAUUCAGAGACACCUCGGAAAAUUGAUUUGGUUUUUGGAGAAAUUAAAAUCACUGAUGUUGUGAAAAAACGUAAAUUAUUUAAUGAAUUUGAAUGUCCUUCCGAAAAGUCAAUUGCAUCUAAAAGUUUAAAGCCUAAUGUUGAUCUUUCGAUGUCAUUUGAUUCUCCAAGAUUAGACACUGGAAAUACUUCUUUAACUGCUCCUGUAUCACACAAGAAAACAACACUCUUUGAUUAUGGGUUUUGCAAAAAUAGUGUUUCCAAGCUCCAAAGAUCAUUCUCAACUAAUGAAGCCACUAUUAAAGCUGCAUUUGAGAAAGGUGAGUAA